ACAUGAAUCUUAAUAAUUUAAUAGCUGUUUGAUAAAGAACCCAAACCAAAGUGUCUCCAAACUCCAAAAAGCUGUGACUGUGUCAACGCCCCUACCAAAAAUGAAGGCCAUAGUGAUAACCAGUCCUGGAGGCCCAGAAGUGCUGAAAAUACAAGAAGUUGAUGAACCCCAAUUCAAAGACGAUGAGGUUCUCAUCAAGGUCGAGGCCACAGCGCUGAACCGCGCUGAUACGUUUCAGAGGAAAGGUGUGUAUCCACCACCCAAAGGUGCCAGUGAGUACCUUGGUCUUGAAUGUUCUGGGACCAUCGAAGCUGUUGGUAAAGCCGUUUCCAAAUGGAAAAUAGGCGAUCAGGUAUGUGCUCUUCUUAGUGGAGGAGGGUAUGCCGAGAAGGUUGCUGUUCCAGCUGGACAACUUCUUCCUGUGCCACCUGGUGUUUCUCUCAAGGAUGCUGCUAGCUUACCUGAGGUGGCAUGCACUGUUUGGUCAACUACUUUUAUGAUGAGUCGGCUAUCUGCUGGGGAAACAUUUUUGGUUCAUGGGGGCUCAAGUGGUAUUGGUACAUUUGCAAUUCAGAUGGCGAAAUACCAAGGGGCAAGAGUGUUUGUUACUGCAGGGAGUGAUGAAAAGUUAGCUGUUUGCAAGGAUCUUGGGGCUGAUGUGUGCGUCAAUUACAAGACAGAUGACUUUGUUAAAAGGGUAAAGGAAGAAACAGGUGGAAAAGGAGUUGAUGUUAUUCUGGAUCAUAUUGGAGCAUCCUACUUAAAGCGAAACCUUGAGAGCUUAAAUUUUGAUGGGAGGCUUUUUAUUAUUGGAACUAUGGGUGGCUCUGUUACAGAGAUCGAUCUCCGUGCUCUUCUUUCGAGGCGCCUCACAUUGCAAUCGGCUGGCUUGCGAUACAGGAGUACAGAAAACAAAGCAGUGAUUGUUAGUGAGGUUGAGAAGAAUGUUUGGCCUGCAAUUGUGGCAGGCAAGGUGAAGCCAGUGAUAUACAAGUAUUUCCCAUUAUCGGAAGCAGCAGAGGCGCACCAGCUCCUGGAAACCAGCGUUCAUAUUGGAAAGAUACUGCUUGUUCCUUGAUUUAGUAGAUAUUCUUGUGGCUCACAUGGUUGAUAUGGUUAUAAGACCUUUUGCAUAUAUGUUGUGGCAAUGCUUUUAUAUGUGUCUUUUGUCUUGUAAUUUGGGAACAAAGCAACUUAACGGCAAUGGAUUUUGGACGUUCCAUGUUACCUACCUACGUUGAAUAGAUUGAAUUUGUGCUUUCUAAUAGUAGCAAAUGGCAUGGUUGAAUCUA